AUGCCCCAAUCUGGCCACCGGCUUCGACUUUCUCGCAGAUCUGGACUUGGCCCCGUCUCGUUCGCCGAGCGCGUCAAGCGAUGUCUGCAACACGCCACAACAACAGACGUGUGUCUGCACCGCGAUCAAAUCUAUCGUCUUCUCCUCCUCUGGACCGCGGUCAUGACUGUGUGGUCCGUGAAGAGCACCUUUCUCUACGACUGUUUCGUCGGGUUCCUCGUUCAAUACGUUACCGUUGCCGAGAGCGGCAAAAAGGAGGAAGUUCCCCGGGGGAAGGCCUCUCGGGUGAUGAUGUCUGUCAAGGACAUGCUCGCCCGGUUCCUCUGGAUGGGUAGUGAGUGUGACGCGCCGUGCGCGGAGAUUUGGGACGAUGUCAAAGCCUCCCUUGGUCGGGACGAGCAGUGCGUGUUUUGUUAG